AUGGACAUAGCUGGAGAUAAAAGGACGGCGCUGAGCCACAUCGCGGCCCACGGCUCGCUGCCCAUGCUGGAGGCGCUGCUGCAGCACCCCGAGGUUGACGUCAACAAGGCCGACAACGAGGGCAACACGCCGCUCCACUACGCCGCGCAGGCCGGCCACGUGGAGGUGCUCAACUACCUGCUGAGCCGGAGGCCCGACGUCGAGGUGGACGCCCGCAACGCGCUCGGCUUCACGCCGCUCAUGAAGGCCGCGCUGCAGGGCCGCACCAAGUGCGCCAAGCUGCUGCUCUUCGCAGGCGCGUCGCCGACGCUGCGCGACUCUGGGCGGGGCCUGCGCGCAGAGCAGUGGGCGCGCUUCUGCGGGCGCUACGUGUGCGCCGAGGUGAUCGAGAAGUUCGCGCGCCACCGCCUGCUGGAGCGCACCACGGCGUACGGCCGGUGGGGCAGCGAGCCGGAGCUGGGCGCCCGCCUGCUGCUGGGCGCGCGGGCCUCCGCCCCCGAGCCGCGCGCCUCGCCGCCGCCCUCGCACGGCCACGGCCUCAAGUCGCGCCUCCGCAAGGCCUUCCGCACCAACAGUAGCUCCGGCUCAUCCUCGUCACCGCCACCAGCAGUGUCUCGCUACUCACUGGUGACGCAGCUGACGACUGCUGCACUGUGUGCCAGCUCCCCAGUGCUGCCUGCUGCACCACAUGUGCCACCAGUUGUCAAGUCGCUUAUCCGGCCACUCACCGUGCCCAAGGUGCAGGUGACACUGGCAGGAUCCGACAAUGCCCAGGAAGCAGAGACUGAAGAAAAUGUGAUGCAGCAACCACCACAGCAGCAGCAUACAACUCAACAAAAGCCACCAACAGCAAAGUCAGCCCAAGUAACUGCAAGGCACAAAAAGAAGAAAUAACAUUUACUCAUUGGUCCAUUGCCAUACACACUGGCUCCAGUGUAUAAAUUGGCGUUCAUCAACAAAGGCUGAAAGUGUGUUUACAAGAACUUGUGGUGUUUCCUUCUUUUGGAGCUGUGGAUGCACAGGUGCUAAAUUGUUUCUGAAAAUCCAGUGAAAUUGCUGGGGCAGAAACAGCUGGAUUAGGAGGAGAACAUCAUAAAUAACUGAACAGCACUGCUGUGUCUGUGGAGCAUCAGAAAUUGCACAGAUGGCACUGAACUCUCCAGUUUAAAAAUCAUCAAGCUAUAACCUUCAUACAGUGCCUACAAGCUCACAGGUCCAAAAAUUUUGAUUCCAUUAAGAACAAAGAUUAUUAUAUUGAUAAGUUCAGAUUCUUU